ACACCAGAAGUUCUAAGGCAGUACCUGAUAGUGGGUGGGGUCAAUUCCACACAGAGUCAACUCUCCACCGACAGUAUUGUUGAAGAGGUCACGGUUCAGAUAGAAAGAGAAAACAGCUGUCGGACAAAGAAUCUGAUUAGAGAAGAUCUGGGACAUUGGUUGGGAAAUGCCUCCCUUUGCGAUAGAAUCCCAUGCCAUUCCGAGAAUGCCGUCGAAUGGCGUGUUAAGGAAUGUGUCUCCGGGUUCCUGCAUUGCACAAACAAAUCCUUGAUAGCUGUUGGUGCAGUACUUUUGAUUCUUUCCAAACGCAGUUUGCCUUCCAGCUACCUUCUGAUGUUGUGA